CAAUGGUGAGAAGUUAGGUAAAACUGUAAAACAGUGAAGCUGCGGAAAUGGCUUCUCUUUAUUCCAGGACGAAGCUUCUCCUUCUCCGGCCAUGGAGAGCUUUCAUAGCUCCGCUUUCAUGGUAUCCUUCACUGCGGCAUCCGUUCCUCCCGUCGUCUUCUUCUCCGGUACAUGAUUCUCUUCCCGAAUAUUCGGAUCGCGGCGCUAAAUCGUUUCUGCUAAUCACUUGUAAAAGCUUCUCCUCCAACACUCCUCUCGAUGAAGCCCCUGCACUUAUCGAUUAUCGUUCAAUGCUGCAGGAAGAUGAGUAUCACAAGUUGGCUAACACUACUAUCCAUGACAUUCUUGAUAAGUUGGAGGAAUUUGGGGAUUUGGUAGAUAUUGAUGGUUAUGAUGUGGACUAUGGAAAUGAGGUUUUGACACUAAAGCUUGGGAGUUUUGGGACCUAUGUAAUAAACAAACAAACACCUAAUAGACAGAUUUGGAUGUCAUCACCAAUAAGUGGUCCAUCAAGGUUCGAUUGGGAUCAGAAUUUGAAGGCUUGGGUUUAUAGACGAACCAAAGCAAACUUGAUCCAAGUCUUAGAGAAUACAAUUCCCCCCUCCCCCUCACUCUUCUCAGUCUUCUGCCGAUACAAUUCUUCCUCCCUUCCUCAAACCCAAUAAACACACAGCAAACUCACCGGAAGCGAAUACAAAGCAAACUCACCAGAAGCAAACACAAGGCAAAGCACUCCAACGAUUAUUGAACCUGUUACCCAUUGUUGGCACUGGGAGCAAAAGCCGAACGGGAAGCAACACACCAUGGGGGAUUCAAGACGAAGAAUUGGAUACAAAUGCAUGCCAAAA